CCAAUGGCGGCCCUCUCCCCGCCCGCACCCAAGAUGGCGCCGCCGAGGGCUGCGGGCGGGCGGCGGUGAGGCGGCCUGCGGGGGGUCGCCGCCUUCCUCCGCGUUCCGCCGCCGCGCCGCGGGGCCGGCCGGCCGGUGGGCUCGCUCGCUCGCUGGCUGGCCGGCCGGGCCCGCCCCUCCCCUCCCCUCCGCCAUGGCGGCCGAGAGCGGCAGGCAGUUCUGGAAGCGGAGCGCCAAGCUGCCGGGCAGCAUUCAACCUGUCUAUGGCGCACAGCAUCCUCCGCUGGAUCCCCGGCUCACCAAAAACUUCCUCAAGGACCGCUCCAAGACCAACGCACUGCCUAUGAAAAGCAAGAAGGCCUCCAGCUUUCAUGAGUUUGCCCGCAACACCAGUGAUGCCUGGGACAUCGGUGAUGACGAAGAUGAGGACUUCUCUUCUUCCUCUUCUUCUUUGCAAACUCUGAACUCUAAAGUGGCCAAGGCCACAGCCGCCCAGGUUCUGGAGAACCACAGCAAGCUGCGGGCGAAACCCGAGCGGGCCCAGUCCACUCUCAGCGACAUGCCCACCAACUGCAAGGUCAUCAAGUCCAGCAGUGAGGCCCAGCUGUCCAGGACAUCUGAGGAGGCCUGUGUGCGGACCCCGCUUCAGAAGCAGCAGUCCCUUCCCCUUCGGCCCGUCAUUCCACUUGUUGCCCGAAUCUCUGACCAAAAUGCUUCGGGUGCUCCCCCCAUGACGGUGAGGGAGAAAACCCGCCUGGAGAAGUUUCGGCAGCUCCUUUCCAGCCACAACACAGACCUGGAUGAGCUGAGGAAAUGCAGCUGGCCUGGUGUGCCCAGAGAGGUCCGGCCUGUGACGUGGCGUCUCCUCUCAGGUUAUCUCCCCGCAAACAUGGAGCGGCGAAAGCUGACUCUGCAGCGCAAGCGGGAGGAGUACUUCGGCUUCAUCCAGCAGUAUUACGAUUCCCGCAAUGAGGAGCACCAUCAAGACACCUACCGACAGAUCCACAUCGACAUUCCGAGGACCAACCCACUCAUCCCCCUCUUCCAGCAGCCGCUCGUCCAGGAGAUCUUUGAAAGAAUCCUGUUUAUCUGGGCCAUUCGACACCCAGCCAGCGGCUAUGUACAGGGAAUCAAUGACCUGGUCACUCCAUUCUUUGUUGUGUUCCUCUCUGAGUAUGUUGAGGAGGACGUGGAGAACUUUGACGUGACGAACCUGUCGCAGGAUGUUUUACGGAGCAUCGAAGCCGAUAGCUUCUGGUGCAUGAGCAAGCUGCUGGACGGGAUACAGGAUAACUACACCUUUGCACAGCCAGGGAUCCAGAAGAAAGUCAAAGCCCUGGAGGAGCUAGUCAGCCGGAUCGAUGAGCAGGUACAUAAUCACUUUAGGAAGUACGAGGUCGAAUACCUGCAGUUUGCCUUUCGCUGGAUGAACAAUCUGCUUAUGAGGGAGCUGCCUCUUCGCUGCACCAUCCGCCUCUGGGAUACCUACCAGUCAGAGCCAGAAGGAUUCUCACAUUUCCACCUGUACGUCUGUGCCGCCUUCUUGAUCAAGUGGCGGAAGGAGAUCCUAGAUGAGGAAGACUUCCAGGGCCUUCUGAUGUUGUUACAAAACCUGCCCACGAUACACUGGGGUAACGAAGAAAUUGGACUCCUGCUCGCUGAAGCCUACAGACUCAAGUACAUGUUUGCAGAUGCCCCCAAUCAUUACCGCCGAUAGGUGCCAGGACUCGACUCCCUCCUCUCCCCCGUGCUCACACCCCUGUCCUGGCCCAAUCUGAUCACUGUGGCAUUUUUGUCGUCCCAAGUCCUCGGACACUCCGACCGGGAGCUGCUCCUCGCUGUACAAAGCUCACAUCGACUCUCAUCUUAACUCUUAACGUGUGCCUGUCUGCCACUCCAUGCGCCUGGAUGUGCCACUCCAACGACUGUCAGUAUUUCACACCGUGCCGGUGGCUCGAGCCAGGGAGAGAGCCUUGAAGGGGCUGGGGGAGGACAUGGCGGGCAGCUUUACAGAUAAACUGAGCCGAGGACGAAGCCCUCCUGUCCUCUCCACUCCCUACCCUGGGCUUGUCCGGCUGGGACCACCUUGGCUUCUCUGCCUCGUGUUAACCUGCCACCACGUGCGCUGCUCCCUUCUCUCUUCUGACACCGCUCCAACUCCCAGAUGAAAAUGCCUUAUCAGAGACCCACCUGGCCGGAAAAAUCCUUCCCCCCCGAGGGUGGCAGGGCAAGAAGUUUCUCUCAGGGCCUAGCUUCGCUCCGAGGGUCCGCAGACCCUAAGCACUUUGUGGGUUCGCGAGAGACCCCCUCGCGCCUGCCCUCUCUCCUUCUCUCCAUCCUCUUCGCCUCCCUCUUCCCCAGGGCAGCGGGGCGGGCAUGGCAGCAGGGGGACCACUCCAUCCAUGUGCAGUUCGAAUGAUGCGCGCCAGCUUGACGGGACUUUUGGUGACCGAUGUGCUGUCGGUACAGCCCCCUCCGGCACGGAGGGGGAGGUGCGGGGGGGCUGGUAGGGGAGCAGCAUCUCCCGAAACCCCCUUGCAAAGCCCCCGCUCCUCCAAGACAUUCUGUGUAUAUUGUGUUCUUGUGUAUAUGGGUCAAAGAUGUACAAUAUACGUCUUCUGUUUGUAGCAGAUAAUGAUUUUAUAUUUAUAACGUGCACCCCUUGUUCUCCCCAUCCUCUCCAUGCCUGGGAAGGAUACCUGGGUACGGCGUCAUUGGGCUUCGGACCCCUCCGGAGAUGGGCAUUUCGGAGCUGCAGGUAUUUCUGCCCCACCGUGUUUUUGCAGUGUUGGAUCUGCCAGGAAGAAGUGCGAUAGAAAUAUGUAUCUCAAGGCUUCCCUUACAGUGAGGAUUUGGGCAUUUAAAGGAGAGGGGAGCUCCCAGCGGGAAGCAGGGGAGAGCCGUGUUGAGGAAACAGGGUAUCCGGGCUUGUCGGCUGCUGGCACGUGCCCCUCCGAGCGCUGCAGGGCAGAGCUGUGCUGGUGCCGCCGGCGGGACUUUCCAGGGAGGAACGAUCCCGGAUCCAGCACUGGCUGCUCCCAGCACUCCCCGGCCAUGCGGACAUGUCCUCCCAGGACUUCCUCCGCAGGGCCGGCAAGGACCGGGCUGGCCUCAUCGCCGUCUGCUUUUAAGUCAAACCCAUCGUGAAUGUUUUAAUGAGCCGUUUUCUUCCCGCAGGCAGGCGCCGUCCACGUCAUGCCAAGGGCUGGAUGCGGGAGGGCGUGGGGGGACGGAUCCGGGCCACCCCAGGUUUCUCCCAGCGCUCCCGUGGGGUGAUGUAGGCUAUCUCGGCAGGGUGCGGAGGUUUCUGGUCCCUCCGCUUUCUGUUGCUGUUCCCGGUGGGAAAAGGCAGCGGGCCGUGAGGCCAGUGCCAAGCAUGUGAAAGGCAGAGCCUUGUUGCCAAUAAAACUCCAAACAGUGUCUCAAGAAA